AGGUCGAGGCGCUCGUCUCCCAGAAGUACGAGAUCAAGAGGCGCCUGGGCAAGGGGGUUGUGGACAAACCGUCGUGGGACCCAUGUUCACAACCGCAGCAUAGAUUAUUAUUUGUAUUGUUUGUUUGAUUUUUGUUUGGAAUAUUUUUGUAUUGUACUAAGGAAAGAUGGAUUGGAAAACCUGUUUCUUCUCCAUCACUAUUGGGGUAAUGGGAUCAUGGGGUGAAUCCCCCAAUUUGGCUUGGGAGUUGAUACAAGGGUUUAUGCAUAUUUGGAAUCAGACGGACCAGGGUAUAUGUGUUGCCCUCGCCGGUUCGGCAGCAGAGGGAUUCAAAUUUACAGUGAUUAGUCUAAAUCUUACAAAAAUAUUGGAAAACGAGUUAAAAGGUCUUAACCGAACAGGGAGAAACAUCACAUGGGGAAUGAUUGAAUCCCCUUUUCUUGAACAGAAGGAGGGACAACCGUGGAGAAAUAACGGGACAUGGGUCGAAUACUCAAGGGCUUUGUAUCAACUCCCGGACAAUUCUACUUGGGAAAAUUUGUGGAACCAAACUUGUUAUCGAUCUUUAAAUGAAAAUUCGGAUACGGACGCAAAUAAUGUCACUUCUGUUUCUGUUCCUUGUACCAUAGUACCGUGGUGGGAUUCCCCCUCUGGAAGUGGUUAUUUUGAACAUGAAUAUAAUGUGCGUUGGGAUGUAGAUUGGUGUAUACAAAUCCCUGAAAAACCAGGGGAAAUUCACCCUGUUAACCAUACUAGGUAUGAAUGGGCCUGGUCUUUAAAACAGCUAUUUAACCCCAACAGUCCUUCGUCUUCUACUUCUGACCUCCCUGAUGGGACCACCGUCCAGUGGGAGGUUAAUGCUGAAACCUGUAUGCAUAACCGAGCUGAACUCCCAACUGGGGAAAUCCUAUGUUGGGGCAGUCGACGACGUAGGAGCAUCACCCAGGACACGACAGGAGAACCCCUGUUGAACUGUUCCCGAGUAUUAAAUUGCUCUACAGGAGCAGGCGACCCACUUGAAACUUGGUAUAUUCCAGAACUGAGAACGUUCAUUAGGGACAUGUGUACCUGCUGGGGUUAUCCCAAUUAUGGUUAUCGGAAUCGGGAUGACCGAUGUAAUGGCUCCUUUAAAGACCCCCAAACAGCACUCUCCUGUGGCAUUCCAAUCACACAUGACCCAGAUCAACGGAAGGUCUGGAGCUCUGACGGAAAGCAACAGGAGAUACCUCGAGACGACCCAUUUGAUUGUUUCCAGGCAAGGUAUUCAGCCCCGCGAGGAAUGGUAUGGGCAUGUUCCAAUGGAAGGCUAUAUUCACAGUUAAAUAUGUAUGAAAUGGCCGGAUUGCAAUGUUCUGUUGGCUUCCCCUCCAUGUGUCCCUCCAGAGUAUUUAAUUUUACAUCUCGCCGAAAUAGGGUACGUAGAGAUCUUGGUAGCCCAGCAGAUGCAAGGGAGAGAGUCACAGGAAUUGUUAAGAAUGGAAGCAAUCUUUGCGCCAAGUGUGGCCAUUGAAAAACAUCAAUACAUUUUAGAAAAUUUAACUUGGCAGGUACAUGUUUUGAGUAAUUGGACACGAUAUGCUUUUGGGGAGAUGAAUCUACAAGUUCAACAAGUGUCAAAGAUGACCCUGCAAAAUCAAUUAGUUUUAGAUAUGUUAUUGUUGAAAGCACAUGGGGUACGUGGAAUGUUAAAUUUAACCGAAGGGGAAUGUUGUAUUGCCAUCCAUAAUGCCUCCACUUCCAUAGACUAAGCGCGCACAAAGAUGAAGGAAGUCACCGGUAACACUGGAGAAUUGUUCCAAGCAAUGCAGCCGACAGACUGGUUUGAUGGACUUGGCCCUGGAUUGUGGAUUACUUCCCUGCUGAGAUCUCUCGGACUCACAGGGUGGGGAAAAUAGUUUGUAAAUAUUGGCCUUGUGAUAUUGUGUGGAUUUUUGGUUUUGGUAAUAGGCUUUGUGGUGGUUAGGUGUAUGAUCUCCCGCCUACUAUUCUCUCUUCUGUCGUACCUGUCUGCUAUGUAUGGAUCACAACGGUCAAAGAAGAUCUUGGAGUGUUUGAGCCACGGGGUGGUGUACGAGACCAACUGGAAGAACAAACAAUCUAACACCAAGGGUAACUUGUAAUCCCCUGGAACAAAGAGCUGAUUGCUCAGAAGGAUACGGACAACGGCAGGAGACAAAACUCAAUAAGGGAACAGGGGGUGCAGACCCCCUGAGCCCAUCCGAGGAAUGUCUCAAACACUUGCAAGAAAGAUCAAACGAUCCUUGAAGAGGAACAAAAGACUGAUAAGAGGGAACAGCCUGCCAAAGGCUGGAUGAUUGCCCAAGAAGCGGCAAAGCCAGCAAAAAUCUGCAGUAACUAGGGGAAAGGUAAACGUGGCAGGGGGAGAUCGUGACCACUGACUCAAUUCGAGACGAAAAAAGGCCUUCCCCCCCACGCCUGCAAGGAAUAUGCAUGCUAAUUUACAUAGCAAGCAAGGCUAAUUCAAAUAGGAGGCAGUCCACAUUGAAGGAUAAGACUACAAGGAGGAGGCAAGUGCCAAAAAAGCAGGGGGGAAGAAAAAGGAGGAACUUCUGGAUAAGCGCUCUUACAGACCAGAGACCCCCCCGCUGGCUGGACCAAUGCUGGAACCCAGACUGGUGAUCUCUCUUGCUCUCGCUCUCUCCCUCCGUCCCUCCCUCCCUCCCUCCCCCCAUCUCUCUUUCUUGUUAUUCUUUUGUUUUUCUUCUCUAGUAAGUAACACAAGGUACAAACCCCACGUGCGUGGCGAGCAAUAAGGAAUUUGCUAUCUUGAUUAUGUGCCACUUGUCUUGAGCUAUUGAAUAAAAGUCUUUGACUGGUUACGGA